AAAACAAUGAUUUUUUAAAAUUUUUGUAUAGAUUUCUUUAUUGGUGUGAUCGUGGUCAACGUAUUCGUAUAGCUCGUUCCUUACUCAAUGGUGAAAAUAUAACAUAUCUUGUAAUAACACAAAUUGUUCGACCAGAAUCAAUCGCCAUUGAUUUUCUUACUGAUGACGUUUAUUGGUCUGAUUCAAUACGUGAUACAGUUGAAGCUAUUUCAUGGAAUGACAGCAAUCGUCGUAUAAUUUCACGUAAUAUUCCAAAAGCAAUUAGUCUACCUAUUGCAAACAGUGAUUUAUAUAUAUAG